CAUCCUCCCGCCUUGCAGUCGAAACGGAUCCAGAAUCGACAUGCAAGGAACCCAUCGCGGAGCCUCGAAACAAAGUGGCGCCCUUCCAGGAUCCAGCCAUGGACCGAUUUCCUCCGUAACCAGAGGACUGUCUUUGGUGCUGUUGGGCAAACCCGGAUUUCGAGACGAAGGAUUGCCGACGAGAAGACGCCGGAAUGCUUCGCCCAUAUCAAUGUGGAAGAUCCGGUCCGAAAUAUCACAGAACAGCUGAAAACCGACCCGGAGACAUCCAGCACCUUGAACAUGGGCGAUGGCAUCAUAUCUGAGAAUCAUCCUCACGCUAUCAGCGACACUGCCGAGGAGGUGGUAGACGGGGCGACGCCGUCGGCACCACCACGAACCCCCAAUCAACGACACGACCCAUGUCGGCUACGCGCUGAUAAGAUCGUCAUCUACCGAACCGACGAUACGCAAUCGUCAAGGCGCACCGUGCUCUACAUCUCCGAGUACAAACCGCCCCACAAAUUGACGGCUCCUCAAGUUCGUCUCCGGUCUCCGUCGGAUGGAUAUCUACAAGGAGAUUGUCAAUCGCAAGACAACGAACCGACCUCAGUUGACCCGGCCGCUCGAUUUCGAUAUUUCGCCGAGAGGUUGACAGCAUCUGCCACUACACAAACGUAUCGCUAUAUGACUGAGGGCGGCCUCGAGUACAGUCUCCUGACUACGGGCGAGACGGUUGUCUUUCCGAGGAUUGAUCGGGAUGACCCUGGUACGCUCUACCACCACCUGGCCGGACCUGGUCCCGAGGCAGCGGCCACAGUGGAGGCAAAGGACCGAGCGGUGCUGAAGCAGGGACUGAGGCAGAGACUUGCGCUGUCUCUCGGCGACACCGUCCCUACCGCACGCGGACAUGUUCCGCUGGGCCUGACGUGGGUCUCCGUCGAAGGGCUGGUACUCACCACCCGGUGGAUCAUACGCAACGGCUCAGUCUGCUCGAUCAGCAACUUCAAAGGUCACUCGACGACGGCAUCACACCGUCGGAGUACGGUGGUGCGCGUGGGGGGUCCUGUUCAGAGUGGCGUUGCUGGCAUGCGGCUACACACCUCUGUCAGCAAGGACACGGCGAAAGCCUCCAUGCCUGAUCCUUGGCACGAAGCAGAGGUGUACAGACGCCUCCUCCCGAUCCAAGGCAAGAACGUGCCAGUAUUCCUCGGGACUGUCCAUCUCCGCCAGAUGCAGAAGACGACAUACUACUAUGGCCAUCGGGUGUACGUGGUAUUUUCGACGUUCCUAUCAUGGGGAGGAUGUAGCAUCUCGGAAGCCCAGGCGGCACAGUUUCCGAAUGACAGAUUGCAUGGACUGGCUGCUCAGUCAAGUCCAAGAGUCCGUUCCCAGCUCCCAGCUCCCUGUUCUCCGAACUGA